GCGAACUGCAACGAUAGCACAUUGCAAAAGAGCUCGAUUGCUGACAUCGGCGUGCCGUACGUUUGUUUCUUGUGUCAAUCGAGGCUGCAAGAACCUCCCACCAUCUGUAGGGCAAUUAGCUUGGUGGAGAGGGAGGUCGUUUUCUGUUGGAGCGGAGUCACAGAGAACGCAGCAGAAUGCAGCGUGGUGCAGUCAGCCUGUUCCUUGCUUCUUUGCUCUUAGCGGCAGUGGCAAUUCCAGCACAAGCACAGCCGCCACUCGGCGACGUUUUAAGCCAGGCGGUGACUAUUGCAACGGGUAUUGUGUCAGCUAUCCCUGGCGGCAGCGAUGCCUUUGGUGCUCUUCUCGGGGGAGGUGGCGGAGGAGGCCUUCUGGGCGGCUCGUCCAGCAGCAGCAACAGCAGCAGCAGCAGUUCAUCGACAGUGCCCAUCCUCUCACCCAGGGGAGCACCGGCCCUGGCUCCCCGCGCGGCCAAUUCCCUUGUUGCACCAGCGCCCCGCGUAGCUAGGGCCCCCGCUCCCGCCGUCGCGAUGAUCACCUCUCCAGUGGCGGUUGCCCCCAUCGCAGCGGAGCCUGCCACAGCCGAGGGUAGCACUGUCGUCCCAGUCGUGGCAGAGGGCCCGGCUGUGGGCGUGCCUGCCAGCAGCUGGGACACCUCUGUCGCAAAGCUUCCAGCGGUGGCAGCGACGCCUGCGCAGGCGCCUGCUGCCGCCAUUGUUGUAGCGGCACUGGUGCCAGCGGCAGAGCCGGUGAUCACCGGGCCGGUGCUGAGCGGGCCAGCGCCCGUCGUGGCUGCGGCGGCGGUGCCCACGGCGGCUCCUGCGGCGGCUGUGACAGAGAAUGCGCCAGCCCCAACGGCGCAGUCCACCCUCAACGACCCUGCCCCGGUCCUGACAGCCUCCGCCCCAGCGCCGGCUGUGCUGGUGGCAGCUCCUGUAGAGGCGGCAGCAGCUGCCACCACAACUGCGGCAAACGCGGCAGUCGCACCCGCCGCUACUGCGAUCAGCACCGGUGCUGCCGAUGGUGGCGCGUGUAUCCUCAACUGCGGGCCUGCUCCGGCCUCGACUGGCCAGGCUCCCGGCGCCAGGAAGCUAUUGCGCGCUUGAAUGUGCACCCAGCAUGAUACCAAUUGGCAGGCUGUGAACUUUGACUGAUAUUGAGGACUCCCGAUGUCAUCCACAGCUGUGAGGUCAGAUCGCGCAGUGUGAUUGCAAGUGGACCUCAUGAACCCAAAGGGAACCCAACUGCUCUGACGUAUUGCCUGUUUGUUUAGUAGCGUGAUGAGAGUCGGCACACAUUUAUGUUCAUGGGCGGAAUAACAUUACAUUGCGCGGAAUGACAAUAAAUUGCUGAGAUUUGCAGGAUUUUUCUUAUAUAGAGUUGUUCAGAUCAUUGGCACUACAAUUUGUUCGCUUUUGAAUAAGGGAAACCCCACCUGCCAUGAGCAGAUGUAAAAUACUUUUGAUGCU